AUGCCAAAUACAGGCAGGCCGAGUCCAAACUGCCACUUGUGCCGGAGCCGAAGGGUCAAGUGUCAAAGAUGCAUCAAGUACGGGGUCCAGUGCCCCGGCUACCGCGACGAUGACGGGAUGCGCUUCCAGAAUGCCGAUCCCACCUCGUUCGAGCGACGGAAGAAGAAGAGGAACCACCAGCAGCACCCUCACCAGCACCAAGACCAGGACGAUGAGGCGAUCCGCCAGCCGAGCCGGCAGUCCACACCUGCCACGAGCAUCACCACCGACACCACUACCUCGACGCAGCUCUCCGUAGCACUUCCCGUGCUCAAGACCCUCCGUCAACACUGGACCGCCGAGUCCAUCCCGCUGGUUCUGGGAUUCUACGAGAGCCUGGACUUUCUCCCAGGCUUGUUCCGGGGCGCCGGCCAAGACCACUGCCUCGUGCUUACCGGCCAGGUCUUUACCAGGGCCUACAUGAUUAACAAGUUCCGUCCCAGGGCCGACUACCGUGAGCUGUCCAUCGUUCUCGGCCAUGCCCUAGCCGCGGUACAGGAGGCUAUCAGGAACCCGAAGACGUAUACUUCUGAUUCGACGAUCGUUGCGCUGAUGAUUGGCGGGUUGGAACGGAGAUCAUUCAUUACCAACAAAGAAAGGGGUUCGUCGCCCGAAGUUCCCUGGCACAUUCAUGGCCAGGGCCUCCUCAGCCUCAUGCGCGCAAGGGGGGACCGGCAGCUCUACACCCGGUCCGGCCGUCAAAUUUUCUGGGUCAUGCACAAUAUGAUUGUAAGCAAGACACUCAAGACAUGCUCGGUACUGCAAGUCCAACUGACGAUUGCAAACACACCCUGCCCCCCGGACUUUGAACGUUGGCUUGACAUCAUCGAAGCCACCCUCCAGCCUAGCGAAGGCCUCCUCCUUCACACCGCCCGCUACCUCUCCGCAGCAUGCUCCCUUCUAUCGAAACUGAUUCCGUUAACACUUAGCGGCGAUGCCUCCCGCGCCCGGGAAGCGUACCCGGCCCUCAUUGCUGAGAGCGACCGGGCGGACCUCGCCAUGGCGGAGUGGAUGCACGCGGCGCCCGAGUUCCAGAUCGAACCGGGGCCGAUGUGGGGCUACUUCUGGAACUCGUGGCGGAGCGCAAGGAUCAAGGUGCACCACAUGAUCAUUCUUAUUUCGAAUCUCGUGGAGUAUGGUGAGCCGACACUGGUCCCUGAAGAUUACGAUGCAGACUGUGGUGGGUGUCCGUUGUUGAACCCGGAAGUCCUUCACGCCCGGCGGGAAUUCUGCAUGGGCAUCAUCGCGACGGCCGGUCGGGACGUCGUGGAGGGGAUACCGAGGUCUUUGGGCGGGAAAAUGCCGGACCUAGACCCGGAUCUGCCCUCGUCGUACUUCGAUGGCGUGAGGUUGAUCUGGCCGCUGAGCCACCUGUAUAUUCUGCCGACGGCGCCGCGGCACCUGCGAAUCGUGGCAAGGGAUGCGUUGUUGAGGAUCGCCAAGGAGAAGGGGAUCUUGACGGCGUUGAAGCCGAGGGCGGGCGGGAUGCUGUUCCCGGAGGCGGCGUUGAGGGGGAUCCCGGUGGAUAAUUUGGAGGAUGUUAUGGAGGGCGGCGGAAGAGUGCAUCAGAUUGCGACCAAAGCUGAGGCGCAGGACUGA